AUGGUUAUUGGCAGCGACUGGUCGCUGAUCAAAGAGUUCCUCUAUCGUUCCGCUAUCGAGAGGGUCUGCUAUUUUGGCGACAGCCAAGUUGGGCGUGGAAGUAUGCCUUGCGGAGUUGUUCCGGUCAAGGAGAAGGGCACGUCUCGCUGCGGCUGA